AACAGAUUCAAAAUAUCAGAACAUUUGUACCACGAACACAGCUUUACCCUAGGGCAUCCUGACAAUUUGGGUGCAUUUAGGUGUAUACUGCUCAAUUCAUAGAGCACCUGCGCAGUAAGAUGGUACGGGCAGAAUGUUUGUACUGUGAUAAAACAUUUCGAGAUUACAAAACUCUUAGGGAACACAUGAGGAAGAAAUUACACAAGAAGUUAAAUCCUAGCAACACAGAAUUUGACAAGUAUUACAUCGUAAACUACCGAGAAUUUGGAAAGAGUUGGAAGACUUUGAGUAAAGACGAUAAUGAUGGUUCAGACUCCCGGAAUGGAAGUCCAACUGAAGAAGAUUGGUCAGACUGGGAAGGCUCAGCUCCGGAGAUACAGUGCUUAGUGUGCAGUGUAGUUUACUCCAAGUUUACUGCAAUCAAACAACACAUGAGAUCCCAACACCGCAUAGACUUGGACAGCUUGUGUAACGGCAUGUCUUAUUACAAACAGGUAAAACUGAUAAACUAUAUCCGGUAUCUUAUAAUGGACUCAGACUGCCCCUUCUGCGACCAAUCAUCGCUACCUGAUAUAUCCAAACACUUGCUAACUCAUAUGAACAUAACAUCUAUGUCACACGAACGUUUCAAUGAUGACCGGUAUCUGUUUCCUGCGCUGGAUAACGAUUUUAUGUUGUGUUGUUUAAAGGAUGUACUUGUAGAGGGAGAGGAUGUUUUGGUUAUUCCUGAGGAUAUCCCACAACCUCACACGUGACACCAAUAAGGUGGUGCGUCAUACGUCCACCUAGUCAACCUACAGAGACAUGAUCAAAUUAUAGCGCUUUCUCGUUGAGGCUAGGAGGUUACUCCGAUCCUACCAAUUCAGAUUUCUUUAAGUUUGAGGGUGGUGUGUAUUUAUAUAGCGGUACUGAGUUACAGAGGUUCUUGUGCAAUCUCUCCAAUCACCACCAACUAGGACUAUUUUGUAUUAUUUUGCUACCCUUGAUUUUGCAAUUGGUUUUAUGAAAUUAUAAAUGGAGUAUAUUCUUAUUUUAUGACUUUAUUGUUUAUCAU